AUGAGCACUCUCGUGACAUGUCUUCCGGUUGAGCGGACUACGCAAACGGGAAUUAAUUUCGUACCGCUAGCUAAGUACAGGACGCGUCACGCGCCGUGGCGCUCUGCUCCCACGAUAAGGCGACUGGCAAGUUGGCCGGCUGUUUGGAAGGCGGGUCGCGUGCCAAGUGCGCCCAAAGAUUGGCAUUCGGGCCGAGUUGCAGUCGCCGCACGCCCCAUUGGCAACGUCACUGGUACGCCUGGGAACGUCCUCGAAGUUGGGUUUUUACCCGUAACAUCGUUGCACAGCACCUGCGCCAAUCGAGCUAGUUACAUGACCUCUAUUGCCGCUCUCCUAGGAUCUAACGAAUGUCAGCGCGCCGGUACCAACCGCAGCGAAUUCGCUGAUCCAAUUGCGAAUAACAUUGAAGCACUGUCGCUGAUGGAUGGGCCGAAAAUUAGCGAGGACGAAAGAUCGACGACGGAGCGUGGGCCGAGGGGGGCAGUGGCCGGGGGGAGGGGGCAAUUUGGCCGGUUCGAUGACGGUCAGGCGCUUAACGCGUCAGCACCAAAUCCCCUGGGCCGAACUGCCGACGAAUGGGAACCAUCGUUUUCCUCGUCG